GUUGGGCGCGCGCAUAGCAGUCUUGCCACCGGGAAAAAAGGCUUUAGCCGCGUGAGCAGGAAGAGAAAAAGGUUAUCGUUUAAACCUGUAGAGCUAAGUAAACGAACAAUCGAAUUGGCAGCUUUCAAUACUAACAGCUGUUUAGAGGUUAGUUAUAGAGAAAAUAUAUCGUUUUACUUUCGCGAUUUAGCCACUGGAUCGUCUUCAUGCGUAACGCGCCCCAGACCCUCAUGUGAGGGUGUAGAAUGGAAACAGCCUUCUGUCCCAGUGUGCUGAGUAUCCGAGGGCUCUCCAGCGUGUUGUCCCAGAGCAGCAUGAUGAAGAAGGAGCUGAGCCUGGCCCUGACCGAGCAGAGCUCCAGCCUCAAGCCCAGCCUGCGGGACGCGGACGGCCUUCUCGCCUCUCCGGACCUAGGGCUCCUGAAGCUGGCCUCGCCAGACCUGGAGCGGCUCAUCAUCCAGUCCAACGGGAUGGUGACCACCACCCCGACCUCGCACUUCCUGUACCCGCGGUCCGCCAGUGACGAGCAGGAGUUCGCGGAGGGCUUUGUGAAGGCGCUGGAGGAUCUUCAUAAGCAGAAUCAGUUGAGCGAGGGGACGUGCGUGCAACCGGACAGACUGGACCUGGUCGGUAACGCAGCCCCGGUCUGUUUACCGUCAGAUCUUCCCGUUUAUACGACUCUAAAUGGAUACGGAGCGAGCCCACUGGGCACUACGGUUAACUAUUCCACCGACACUACACCCUUUCCUCCGCCGCCGUCUCAUCUGCUGAGCGCGCAGCAACAGGCGGCUGCGGCAGCGCUGUCACGACUCCAGGCUCUGAAGGACGAGCCGCAGACGGUGCCGGACAUGACGAGCUUCGGCGACAGCCCGCCGCUCUCCCCCAUAGACAUGGACAACCAGGAGCGCAUCAAGGCGGAGCGGAAGAAGCUGCGCAACAGAAUAGCGGCGUCCAAAUGUCGCAAGCGGAAGCUGGAGCGGAUCUCCCGUCUGGAGGACAAGGUGAAGAACCUUAAGACGCAGAACACGGAACUGUCCUCCACGGCCACCGCGCUGCGGGAGCAGGUCGCCCAGCUUAAGCAGAAGGUCAUGAACCACGUCAGUAACGGUUGUCAGCUUCUCCCAAACCAGGUACAAGCCUAUUAGAGACGCCCACCGGUACAUACGGAUGGGCAUAACGGCCCGCCUCCGGCAGUAAGGACACAGAUGAACUGAAAAGUUACCCUGGGGUUUACUCUCAGAUGCAAACUGGGAGUCUGAUGGAACUGGAACAUGGCGGUAUUUUACCCAGGCUGUGUUAAGGCGGCCAAGCCGUUUAAAAUGAUUUUUGUAGCAAACUGACUGCUGCUGUUCAAUUGGGAACUACUGCAGCCCGAACCACAGCGCUGCCUGCACCCGGGUCCACAGCGCUGCCUGCAUCCGGGUCCACAGCGCUGCCUGCAUCCGGGUCCACAGCGCUGCCUGCAUCCGGGACAAUCUCACAAUGCAGCGGGCUAGCAGCAUCUCUACCGUGUAAUAUAAUGCCUUACUUGUUUACAAGCACUUAUCAAUGACAAAUAAUGUAUAUUUUUAUUUACCAAAACAUACGUGUCUUAUUUUACAUUGUAAAAUUGUAAUUUGGGGGGGGGGGGGGUAUCUGUGCAUGUCCUGUCGUUGAGUACAGGAGCCUAAUCCUAUUUGUAUUUACAAUAGCCUAUAUACAUGUGUAGUUCGUUUGCAGCCGGUCUCUUGAUGUGUUGAAAACUCUGUGUAGCAAUUUAACGGGAUUUUACCUCUCAAUGGUGACAAUUAAAUUCACUGAAUUAUUUAAA